UUGAGAUAACUUCUUGUUUGGCAUAUUUAGGCAAGAAAUUUGUUGAGAUACUGACCACUCUACGCGUGGGCGUUGUAGAUAUCAUCGGAAGCUCAGAUAUCCCCAUGGAUGAAUCAAAACUUGAUCCAUCUUCAGAUAAGGACAAGACAGAUACAAUGGUGCAUAACCCGAAACACCCAACACAUAACACGGAAACUCAUGGAUUGCGUGAAGAUAUCGAUCCGAAUACCCCAAUCGGUGAUGUCAAGGGUCCAAAUGUGUUCGAAAGAGUAAAGGAGGAGUUUGAAGCAAUUGUGGGAGCCGUUCAUCAUCGCAAAGAAGAUGAUGCCGCAUUUACAGGAUCAAAACAUGAGAAACAAAGUUCACCUUCAGACCAUAAGGGCAGUCCUAAUCACCAUAAAGAGACUCAUGGGAGGGGGGAUGAUAUUGAUGCAGAUACUCCAAUCAAUGAAGUCAAAGGUCCUAACAUAUUUCAUCGUGCCAAAGAAGAGAUUGAAGCCAUUGUUGGUACGAUUCUUUCGAAAAAAGAAUCUGAUCAUGAUGAUGCAUCACCGAAGAAGGAUUGAUUCCGAGCUUCCAUUAGUACACGUUAAAAAGGAAAACUGAAGAAUUUACCACUGGAUUCUGCAUCAGUUAUUCCAGUUGGUGGGAUGUUGUUCAAUUGUACUCUAGAUUUCUUGGAUAUGAAGUCUUUACUUUAGUUCUGUUCUUAGCAUGCAUUCUUGGACUGAAAACAGAUGACUUUCUGUGUC